GACAGCAGUGCCAGCAGCAGCUCAGCUUUGGUUCGCUUGAAAAGCAGCGCAUGAAGUCUUUUGGAGGGAAAAACCCUUUUGAAACCGGAAUGGCCAGGAAAAGCCGUCGCAUUUCAAAAGAAUAGGCAAGAUUUAGUGUGCUCCUUGAACGUAUCUGGACGUGCUGCUUGCUGUUCUUGCAACCGUUUCGAAAGAUAAAAGGUGGGCGAGAUGUCUGGGGCGCAGGACCUGAACACCGGCACCUUCAUCAAGUCAGAGCUCCUGUGUGCAAGCUCCAUCAUUGACGACAUCAUCGCUCGGUGGGAGAAGAGCUGUGGAAAGCUGACUGGUGCGGACGCUGAGCUCAUAGAGGUGAUCCGGGGCAAGCAGAGAGAAUGGGAAGAGGCUGUGAUCAAGUACGAAAACCCUCCCUCCAAUGAGACUCCACACACCGACCCAUCCUCCGGCCGCUCCGAUGUCCUCGUCGGCCCUCGGUACGCAGCCUCGGAGCUGCGGACAGGUGGGAGUCUCUCGAUUGAGGGGCCAAUGUAUGCAGCUUCUGUGAGGCAGGAUGGUCCCUCGGGAAGCGAAGCGGGUGUAAGAGCUGGUCCUGCAACGUCCCUUUCAACAAGAGGAAGGGCUGGUGCUUCCAGCUCCGCUCCUGUUUGCACUCAGGAUGCCGCAAAGUCAGCGGCAGGAGUAAACGCUCAGGGGAAUGGUAAUUAUGGAACUAGCUUAGAAGGCCAGGAUUGGAUCGCACGAAAGGCGAAUGGGUUCAAUGGAACAGCAGCAGCAGCGGAAAACCAUAGCAGAGUCUCGGGGGCUGUUUCCGGCUUCAUGGCUGUGUCUGGUGAGAGAGCCCAAAAGCGAGGUGCCCGCAGCGUCGAUCUGGACAGUGUGGAGUUGGACGACGAGCGUCCAGCAUCCGCGCCUAGUUUCUCAGAGCCAGGGGGUCCGCCUUCGGAGGCUGCUGUGGGGAGGGAGGAUAAUGCGGCAGAAGCGGUAGGGCAGAAGGAAAGGCGAAAGCAGCGCCUGGAGAGAAAGCGCAGGAAAGAAAGCGACGGGGACAGCAUUCCCGGGUCGAAGGCUGCUUUCGCUGCGCAACACGGUGGGGAGGGGCAGGCUUUGGCAGAGCGGGAUGCUGGGCCUGAAAGGGAGCAACAGAAUGGGAACAGACUGCCGCACUCGCUUAGUGGAGACAUUGACUUGGGGCCUGCACUGGAAAAAGGUGAGACGUGGCUGAGGCGUCCGGAGGCUGAAGGGGACGAGCCACGUGUAAACGGGCAUGCACCAGGGGGUGCAGCAUCAGCGGGGAAUGCCUAUGAGGCAUGCCUGGAUGAAAUCACUGCCCGUCCCCGACCUCUCUCGGCAGACUUCCCAGCGCUCGGCGAGGGGGUCCGGGUUCCAGCCGCCGCUGCCCCCCUGAAACGGUUCACGAACCUGCGGCGGCCGGAGAGCUGGGGGGGUGGGGAUGACGUUACGGGGGCCAAGUCUAGCUGGGCGAAGCACAUCUCCUCGAGGGCGGCAGAGGGUGAGGGAAGCGCAGCUCAGCCGGACGUUCAGACGGACGCUCAGACGGAGGAGUACGUCCGGAAACGGACGGCUUUUGAGGAAGAGGAUCGGCGAAAGCGGCGGAAGAUGCGGACCAAGGACGACUUCGAGUGCUUCGAACGUCUUAAAGGAGGCAGAAUGGUCAACUCGGUUCAGGGCCUGGUGCUCCACGAGCAGUUUCUGGACGACGAAGAGCAGGCCGCCGCCGUCAGCAUGAUCCGGGAGCUGGAGCAACUAGGCGCGGACGGCGGGCUGCGCGGGCGGACGUACACGGCGCCGCGCAAGUGGAUGAAGGGCAAGGGGCGGGUGACCAUCCAGUUCGGGUGCUGCUACAACUAUGCCGUGGAUAAGAUGGGGCGGCCGCCAGGGAUCCUGCAAGACGAGGCGGUGGAGCCGAUGCCGACCUUUUUGGAGGACAUUUUGGACCGCAUGGUGCGCUGGAAGGUGAUGCCAGGGGGAAAGAAGCGCCCCAACUCGGCCAUCAUCAACCUGUACUCGGAGGGCGACUGCAUCCCAAUCCACAUCGACCACCACGACUUCGACCGCCCCUUUUGCACGAUGUCGCUCCUCUCGGUGGCGCCCAUCAAGUUUGGGGCCGUUAUGGAGUCCCUGGACGCAGGCCAGUUCUCGGGCGCCUUCGAGCUGCCGCUCUCCAAAGGCUCGGUGUGCAUCUUGAACGGCAACGCCGCCGACGUCGCCAAGCACUGCAUUCCGAGCGUCCCGGAGCCCCGCAUCUCCGUGACCUUCCGGCGCAUGAAGCCCGAGAAGGCGCCCUACAUGAACAUCGUCCUCCCCCUGCCAGACUUCCCCGUUUUCCACCGGCGCGCUUUCUCCCCCUCCCUGAUACCCCCGUCUUUGGGACCCCCCUCGCUGCUUUCUGACCCCCUCCCGUUCGAAGCCCCCCGGGCGCCCCCCAUAGACGUCUCCGCAGAAGUGUGGCCGGAUCUCUUGGGGAGAUCGGCGGGAGGCCCGGUCGAGAAGGACUUUGGCAGGGCCUCCGGUGCUCAGCCAUGGGCGCCGAGGCCCCCGACAAGGCCUCUCUCGGGUGGAGGCCCUGUAAGGGCCGAGAAUGGCCGGGGAUCGGGCUCUGGGAAUGCGCCCCCGCCUCUGACAAGGGCUUCUUCAGGGGGAAAUCCUGUUUCAAGCGGCACGGCGGAGUGGCCGGAUCUGGGAACUAGCGUGAAGGGAGGGCCUUCGAAAAGGUCGAUAUCCGCCGAACGGAACGGGCGGCCAAACGAAACCGUGCGCAGCAAGCCGUUACCCUCCAGCCAAUCAGGUUCCGGGGGAGCGUUACCGCCAAGACCCUCGAGCCAAUCAGAGGCGGGAAGCCAACCGCGCGAGAGAGAUCCUUCACAGCUGCCGGAAUCAGUAGCCCAGUUCGAGUCAGAAGAGCCGAGAGCUAGAGAGAACGGCGGCGGUUUCGGGCGGUCCGAGAUGCGGUCCGCUUCGCCCAUUCGGACCGCGGGGGAUGUCCGCAACCUCAGCCAGCCUAGCAGCCCAAAUCCCAACCCCUCCGAAGCUUCUGUCGCGAGUGAGUCGGGGCCUUCUAGCGCGGUCCAAACAAAGGGGAAUCAAGUCGAGUCGAUGGAGACGGAUAACCCAGCUCCGGAUUUUGCAGCAUUGCCUGACGUAGGCGCUGUACGGAAAGGCGCGAGCGACGAUGACCCAGACGCAAGUCGGAACCGAACCUCGAGCCAAACCCCUAGUGAUCACGCGUCCUCAGAGCCGAAUGCCGAUUCUAAUCCGUCCCACGCUGAUUCAGACCCCAUCCACGGCCCCAAAGCUGACGAGCAAUCGUCCCAAUUUCAAAGACCGGAGCUCGACCUCACGGGUGUGAAGCGGACCGAGAGCCCAAGAUCGAACGGUCAUGCGGACGUUCGAAUCGGAGCAAUGUCGCCGGACGGGUUCUCUCGGGGAAGCGUCGGAGGGGGCCAGGUGUCGCGUGGUGAUAGGGCGGGCCAGACGAGCGAGGUUCAAGACCCUAGGGCAAGGAAAGAGCGCAGUGUUCCGCUGGAUUAUGUGGCCCGAAACGGAAGUGUCGGAAAUGGACACGAGCGGAGGACGUCGCGCGAACCCAAUCCGGAUACGGCCGACCCGGACAGAAACCAGGGGCUCGAGUGGCGGAAAGAUCGUAGUCGAACGCAGUCGACGGAAAUAGCUUACCCUCGGCGAUACGAGCAGAGCGUCACUAGCGCUUAUGGCGGGCGGAGACAAAACGAGGAGAGGAGCGCCGCUUCUGAAAUGGCCCGGGGGCAGAGCGAGGAGAGAAGCGGCAUCUCGUAUGGGGGCCGGGGGCGGAAAGGCUGGCGACCGGAAUUCCGGGGGCGGUCGGUGGAGCGGCGGUUCAGCCCGGAACCACGCCAGGGGCAGAACGGAUGGAGUGCCGGAAACGGAACGGGCAGCGCUUGGAAUGCAAGCCCGGGUCAAAGCGACUGGAAGCGGAGGCCCGAUCCGCCGCUCAGUCCUGGACGGCUCGUGUCAGCAGCUGAUGAGUAUCGGCGCGGUGCUUAUGAGCAUGCGGGCGCUUAUAACCCAUCUACGGGCGCUUAUGGCGGCAACGCAGGGGAGACUUAUGGAGGCGAAAGCUGCCAGUCUACCGGAAUGGAGUCGAAGGGCAACCUAGCAGCGGCAGCCCCGGCGUUCGUGUCCCGGGCACUGAUGAGGCCCAACUCCGGGCUUGGGGGGCGUUCCGAUCGGCCGACGCCGAGCGGAUCAUACAAUGGGGCGUCUCCGCACCAGCCGAGACGGGACGCUGGGCAGAAUGGCUCAAGCAGUGGGGCGCAUUCACACCGGCCGGGCUGGGACGCGGCCUCAGGUAAUGGGGGGUACUCACACCAGCCGGGCGUUCCAGCCCGGCAGGAUGGUGCAGGCAAUGGGGCGUAUACACACCAGCCGGGCCCGAACGCCGGUCCUGAUGGCCUGGGCAAUGGAGCCACUCCCGAAGCAUGGAAGUUCGAAGGGGAGAACGGAUCAGCAUCGCUAGGGCAAACGGCUCCGGACGACGAUGGAGGAAUGAAGUCAAAGAACAUACCGCGUGUGGAUGUAGCGUGGUUUUUCGACUCUGCUUCGACGCCGAAAUCUGCAUCGCCGGGCAAAGAGCAGAUUGGUGAGCAGUCAGCAGAGGGGUCGGCGGGGGUUGGAUCCCCGCAGCAAUCGCUGGCUAUGUUCUUUCCCAAGGAGACGCCCAAGAAGGAGCCCCAGAGCGAUUGAUUGAUCAUCGAGGCACCAUUCCGUGUGCUGAAGUAGGUUAGUCUGCAGUACAGGAAACAUUGAUGAUGUCCAUUGCCCACAAGAAAUUCGAAUUGGUCAUUUGCAACUGGACGGUGGCGCUAUUUUGUAAGUAGGUCCGAUCAUGCAGAAGAUUGUAAAUGAAGGAGGAGAAUUAGACCAGUGGCAAAACGUUCUGAGCCUUGCAGCUAAGUCCUGAAGCGAGGAGCAGUUGCAAUGCAUUUGCAUCGAUCGG